CCCUCCCUCCAGUAGCGGCCCACUGAUAGUUAAAUGUAGCCGGGGUUUGCCAUACCAGCGCGGGAGCGACAUGUACGGUGCUCAGCUCGGUGAGUUCCCGGACGACUCGGAGCAGCUCGGGCCGUAUGUGAGCGGCCUGCGGCGCAGAGCCCUGCAGGCCCGCGAGCUGUCCGCCGUCAGGACCUUCUCCGACCAGUUCCUCCUCAAGUUUCUGCGGGCCAGAGACAUCGACGUGGAGCUCUCUCUGAAGCUCCUCCUGAACUACCAGCGGUGGCGGAGGGAGAGUCCUGAGAUCAGCACCUGUCUGUCCCCCUCCUCGGUGCUCGGGCUCCUCAACACAACGUACCACACUGUCCUCCCACAGCGGGACCGCACCGGCAGCAGGGUGCUCAUCUACAGGAUUGGACAGUGGAUCCCAAAAGACUGGUCGGCCUUCCAGGUGUUCAGGGUCAGCCUGAUGACAUCAGAGAUCAUCUCCAUGGAGAAGGAGACACAGAGACAGGGUCUGAAGGCCAUAUUUGACUUGCAGGGCUGGAGUCUUGGACACGCCUUGCAGAUCAACCCUUCCCUCGCCAGAAAGAUAUCCUCUGUGCUUUCGGACUCUUUUCCACUGAAAGUGAGAGGAAUCCACCUGGUCAACGAGCCAAUGUUCUUCCGGCCAUUCUUCGCCAUGAUUCGUCCCUUCCUGCCAGAUAAGAUCAGACAGAGGAUCCAUAUGCACGGCGCUGAUUUCCACAACACUUUAAGCGACUUCUUCUCCCCGUCCGUCCUGCCACCAGAAUACGGAGGGGAGGGGCCUGGCAUAGAGAGGGCAUGUCAGGACUGGACCAAUCAGCUGCUUCAAUCAGAGAUGCUCCUGCAGCAGAUUGCCUCUCACCCGACAGGCGACAUCGCUACUACUCCUGAGGACUCCUUGAUCUCAGAGGAAAAGGGAGAAUGAGAGACUCUUAGAGGGAUGAUGUUUGGAAUUGCAGCCCCCCCCCCCAGAUCACAAUUACACGCUGCUGUAUUUGUUUGGUUUUUCUUUACCUUGGAUCAAAACAACUAAACCCACUCUGUGGCAGCCAUCUUUGAGGCCUUACCUCGUCAAUACUCGCUCAAGUGUCACGCCACGACCAACCCUGUAAUAGCUUACGUUUGUCUAGAUUUCAUCAGAGCUUGGUUAUGUCCUACAUCUUAAUUCAGUAAACUAAAUGAUUAACCCGCCAGCUGGGACGAGUUAAAGCACGCCCCCACCUGGUUUUCCAGAUCCCGGUCCGUCCGCUGCUGCUCCCCCGGCUCGGAGCGCUGCUUCCUCGGCUGGACCUCUGCUCUGGCGCCAUGGUGCUGCCGGCAGGCCGAACCGGCUCCUUCCCUUGUCACUCUGUGGAAACUUCAGUCACUUAAAUGACAGUUUAUUUAGUAGACAUUAAAAGACAUUGACAGAAGGGAAAAGGAAAGGAGACAGCGACUAAUUAAGGAAACGUUGGACUUGCUGUGCGGCCUGUUUUCCUCCAAAUGUGUCCCCACGCAACUCUCCACACUCCCUUGUUUCCAUUCUGCUUCGAGCUCUGUGACGCAGCCACACCAUCCCCCACCCCGCAGUCAGGCGGCCAAUGAGCUAACAGUUGUAUUAUGAUGAGACACAAGGUGUUGACUGCAUAUCCAGAGAGCGUCUGUGCUGCUUUACAACAUUUCAGCACCGGUCCAUCUGUUGGAUUUAUGUGCGCCUGUGAUCCAUCUUCCUCGCUACAUUGCUCAUUGAAAUCUGACUUAAACAAGAAUUUGCAUCUUUUAAUAGAUGUAGACAUUCGCUCUUUUUUAGUUUGUUUUUUCAAGAG